UGUAAAAAUCAAAUAAGAAGAAAGAGAAACAGAGAAGUGUGUCGUGUUAAUGAGAUCUCCUCCUGUUUAUUAAAUUCUUGUUGCUGUUACCCCGUGACAGAUCACACCACCUUAUCUAGGGUUUCACUUCGUCUAGGGUUUUAUCUCUUUUUCAUUUUUGUUUUUCGGAUUGUAACUUGUAAGUGAUUUUGACGAAUUGGGGGUUUUUGGUUUGAUAAGUUUUAUAACAAGAAAGGAAUAUCAGUUAUGGUGUAGGAGUGAUUUUGAAGUAAUGGGUUUUGAUUCGAUUUUGAUUUUGGUUUCUGAAUGUUGACUAUUUGAUGAAAUGUAUGUGAAAUGGGGAGUUAGAUUGGUGUAAUUAAGAGAUUCUAUGGAGGUGGAAUUGCUUCUGAGUUGAGGUUGAGCUGAGAUUAUGGAAGUUAGAUCUGAUGUUGUUCAUCACUUGAGAAAUGAUAACAGCAACAAUAAUAAUAAGAUACCUUCUUCAUCAUCAUUACCAUCGUCGUUACCAAGAACUAGAUUACAAGUAUGGUUUAUUCGUGUAUGUUCAAGUAUAUUGGUUUGGACAUUGUUCAUUCAGUUAGUUGCUGUAGGUGAGCUCUGGCAACCUCAUUUGUUAAAGGGUUUGUCUAAUCACUUUAAGGCCGUUCGGCUUGAAGAAGUUGCUCCUCCUCCUGCCCCUCUUCUUCCUCAAAGAGUCUACAAAAGCAAUGGUUAUCUUAAAGUGUCUUGCAAUGGCGGCUUAAACCAAAUGCGAGCUGCAAUUUGUGACAUGGUGACAGUUGCUCGAUUUUUGAACCUCACAUUAGUUGUUCCAGAGCUUGAUAAAACUUCGUUUUGGGCUGAUCCUAGUAAUUUUGAUGAUAUUUUUGAUAUGAAGCACUUCAUUGAUUCAUUAAGAGAUGAGGUACAUAUCAUUAAGAGGUUGCCAAAGAGACUGAACAGGAAAGUUGCAAAUCAACUGCUUGAGAUGUCACCUGUAAGCUGGUCAACUGAGAAGUACUAUUUAGAACAGGUUCUGCCACUUUUCAGCAAGUAUAAAGUGAUCCAUUUUAACAAAACUGAUGCACGUGUGGCCAACAAUGGGUUACCAGUUGACUUUCAAAAGCUCAGAUGCCGUGUCAAUUAUCAAGCCCUGAAGUUUACCCCACGAAUUAACGCAUUGGGGAAUAAACUGGGUCGCCUUCUCAAAGAGAAGGGAACUUUUGUGGCAUUACAUUUGAGAUAUGAGAUGGACAUGCUGGCCUUUUCUGGCUGUACUCAUGGAUGCACCGAGACAGAAGCGGAAGAGCUCAAGAGAAUGAGGUAUGCAUAUCCGUGGUGGAGAGAGAAAGAGAUAGUGUCAGAAGAGAGGAGAUCGCAGGGGUUAUGUCCUCUUACUCCUGAGGAGGCUGCAUUAGUGUUACAAGCCCUUGGCUUCCAUAGAGAUACCCAAAUUUAUAUUGCCUCUGGUGAGAUCUAUGGGAAUGAGCGGAGGCUUGCAACGUUGCGUGCAGCAUUUCCAAGGAUUGUAAAGAAGGAAAUGUUACUAGAUCCAAUGGAUCUUCAGCAGUUUCAGAACCACUCAUCUCAAAUGGCAGCCCUAGAUUUUAUGGUCUCAGUUGCCAGCGAUACAUUUAUUCCCACUUACGAUGGGAACAUGGCUAAACUUGUUGAAGGUCACCGCAGAUAUCUUGGGUUUCACAAAUCUAUACUGCUAGAUAGAAGAAAACUUGUAGAGUUGCUAGACCUUUAUCAAAAUGGAACAAUUCCUUUGGGAAGGUUCUCAAGUGAUGUUCGGUUGAUGCAUGAGAAAAGGUUGGGACAGCCAAGUCGUCGGAAGGCUAUCGUGGACAAGCCAAAGGAAGAAGACUACUUCUAUGCAAACCCUCAUGAAUGUGUUUGUGAAAGAGUGAACUGUGAUGGAAACCCUGGAAACUCAAGUGUUAACCGAUGAGACUGAGAACCAAUCCUUGAUAAUCUGAAUUGCACAUCAUACUCCCUCCCACUAUGAAGCAGCGUAGCGUCAGGACCAAGUAAUCCCAGCGUUCCUCUUCAUUUUCAUUUCAAAUUUAUUUGCUCCAUUCUUUCAACUACAAAAAAAAGCACCCAUUUUUAUGUCAAAUUCAUAACGUAAAUAGUGUGUUUUUGUAUGGCUUAGCUGAUCCCGAGAAAAUCGGCUAUAGUUUGCCUCCCUACAAGUACAAGGUUUGAGGCAUACAUAGGGUGUAAGAAAACAUGGUGUAUUAAAACAAAAACUAAAUGUAAUUAGCUGCAAAUUUCUAUCACUGAAUGUAUCCUAAAAGUAUCUCCCA